CUGUACUGUGUCCGUCCGCAGUCUCUGGUCAUCUCCUGUACUGUGUCCGCAGUCUCUGGUCAUCUCCUGCACUGUGUCCGCAGUCUCUGGUCAUCCCCUGCACUGUGUCCGCAGUCUCUGGUCAUCCCCUGCACUGUGUCCGCAGUCUCUGGUCACCCCCUGCACUGUGUCCGCAGUCUCUGGUCACCUCCUGCACUGUGUCCGCAGUCUCUGGUCAUCUCCUGCACUGUGUCCGCAGUCUCUGGUCAUCUCCUGUACUGUGUCCGCAGUCUCUGGUCAUCUCCUGUACUGUGUCUGCAGUCAUUCUGGUCAUUCCCUGCACUGUCUGCAGUCUCUGGUCAUUCCCUGCACUGUGUCUGCAGUCUCUCGCUUGUG